ACACAACGGCUAAAUCUAACCAUGCGAUUGCGAUGCUUCAUUUAACAGGCAUUUGGCAGGUGAAUAUAAAACAGUAUACCAAAGGCAAAACUACUACACAAUGAAGAUUGCUACUGUUUUUGUGGUUCUUGCCUGCCUCUUUGCUGUAGAGGUAGAAGGUCAGGAUAGAGCUCUAAAGGGCAGGUGUCGUUGUGCUGGCAAAGGUGUGAACAUGGUUCUCCCCAAAAUGAUUAAAAAGGUUGAAAUCAUACCAUCAAGUUCUUCUUGUGAAAACAUGGAGAUUGUUGUUACUCUAAAGGGUUCAGAACAGAAAUGCCUAAAUGUAGAAUCUAAAUUCACCAAGAAUUACAUCAUGAAGGCUCUUAAGAAAAGGAUCAAGUAGAAUCUGGAUAUUUUUGUUAAAACACCAUGAUAUCAGCAUCAUGCAAUCAGCAGCUUAACAUGAUUCAGUCCUCUGACAGGCAAGAAAGAAGAGUUUAACCUGAAAAAAGUACUAACUAAUUACUUUAAAUCAUUGUUUUAUAACAGUUGUAUAAUGCAGUGUCAAUAACACUUCAUAAUCAAUUUUAUUUUUACAUGAUUACCCUGAAAAUGAUCAAUUAUUGUGUUUGUAUUUCAAGUACAUCUAUGUCUCAUGUAACUAUCAUAGGUAAAGUCAUAAAAAUAAUAAAAAAUAAUUUCUGAAGCAUUUGCA